AUGUUGGGACGUUCACUUCUGGUUCUAGCCCUAGUGGCCGUCUGCUGCGCAUCGUCCAUUCCGCGCACGGUUGUCCAUCCUAAGGAUCUUCCAAUUCAGCACCUGAGCAUCCAGGGUCGUAUUACCAAUGGAAAUCUUGCUUCUGAGGGACAGGUGCCCUAUAUUGUGGGCGUAAGCUUGAAUGCCAAUGGAAACUGGUGGUGGUGUGGUGGCUCUAUUAUUGGUCACACCUGGAUCCUUACUGCUGCCCAUUGUACUGCAGAGGCAAACGAGGCUAUCCUGUACUACGGAGCCACCAACUACAACCAGCCUUCUCUGAGGCACACCGUCGGCCGGGAGAACUUCAUCAUGUAUCCCGAUUACCGUGGUCUCGAUCAGGAUAUCUCUCUGAUCCGCACGCCCCAUGUCGAUUUCUACAGCCUGAUCAAUAAGAUCGAGCUUCCCAGCCUGGACGACCGGUACAACUCCUAUGAAAACUCCUGGGCCCAGGCCGCUGGCUGGGGCGCCAUCUACGAUGGCAGCAAUGUGGUUGAAGAUCUCCGGGUUGUGGAAUUGAGAGUCAUUUCUGUGGCCGAGUGCCAAGCUUACUUUGGAACCGAAACCGCCUCUGAGAACACCAUCUGUGUGGAGACUCCCGACGGAAAGUCCACUUGCCGGGGUGAUUCCGGUGGCCCCCUGGUCACUUUGGAUGGAAACAAGCUGAUUGGAGUUACCUCUUUUAGUUCCGAUUACGGUUGCCAGGUGGGAGGUCCUGCCGGAUACACUCGUGUGACCAAAUACCUGGAAUGGAUUAAGGAGGAGACAGGCAUUUACUACUAAAUGCUUUUUUGAUGAGUUCUAUUUAAGUUCGACAACUUCAUAGUAAU